GUCUUACACAGUUCGUGGCUGCGCUAUCGCGAGGACGGACGAGAUAAUCCAGUAUUCGUCGUCACUCCGGUCCCGCGAGGGCUUCGGUGACGUUCGCGCUCGAUUCCGACUAGUACGCAAGUGGGAGACCGUCAUACGGUCGAAGGAGGGAGUGAGAAAGAGGAGCAGACUCCAGUCGAACUCGUCGAAACGCACGUCGCAAUAUGUUCUCCAAUCUGACAACCGGUCUCAAUCAGAUGUCCAACUGGAUGGGCAAGAAGCCCGAGAAUGGCAGCGAGGAGACACCCGAGCAGAAACCCGAGCAGAAACCUGCCUCUCCGGAUGCCGAGAGCGGUGCGGAUCUUGAGAAAAAGAACAAUACCAGUCCGAAAGGCAAUAAAUUGGAAAUGUUCGCCGGAGUAAAAAAUCAAAUGUCCGGCUGGUUGAGCGGCGGCAUACCCGGGUUAAGUCGCGGCGCCGGAACUGGCGAGGGUGAAGCUCCGCCACCAACCGAGACGGAAGAAAGCCAGCCACCUCAAGAGACCGAAGCUCCCGCUGCCGAGCAAGUAAUAAAGGAUGACGAUGCAAGCAGUGCAACCGGUGGAGCGGACAGCGGUCCCGCGAGUUUAGAGGGCACCCCGACCGACGACAAGAACGGACAACAGGCUUUCACUGCCGUUUCCACAAAGGCGCUGGCGGGCGCGAAGAGCUUCGGCGGAUUCUUGUACAGCGCUGUGAACAAGGCCGGGAAGACCGUGGUGGAGGCCAGCGUGAAAAUCAAGAAGACCGUCGAAGAGAAUAGGCUGAUCGCCGAACUCAACAAGGAACAGGAGGCUUUCAUCGCCAGCAAGCAGGCGGGCGAGAAGCUCGAGGCUGUUGCACCGUGGGUCGGCGCGCCGAACGAGGACGCGCUGCGCGAGGAGUGCCUGUCCCUUUCAACCGAUCGACGUAAUUUCGUGAGAGCACCGCCACCAGGCGUAGAGUUCCAGUGGGACUUCGAGGCCAUUCAGCCAGUAGCACAGGCCACCCUCGCCCUGGAUCCGAACCUCGAGGCCAUGAGGUUCGAACUUGUCCCGAAAGUUAUAUCCGAGGAGAACUUCUGGCGCAACUACUUCUAUCGGGUGUCCUUGCUACGCCAGGGCUACGAGCUGAACGCGAUGGUCGAUCAGACGGAAAGCAACCCCAAUCAAACCCUCGCCAGCACCGACAGCAUCGAUCACACUCAAGUUCAAAUGACCACUGGCCAGGCCACCGCCAGCAGCACGACGACGACGAGCAGUAACAACGCGCUGGCCGACUCGCCAGGUCACGAGUUCGUGUCCGAUACCAUGAGGGUCUCGGACACAGACCUCGAGGAGGUCCGAGAAGGGAUGAAAAAGCUGGGGAUGCAGCCGCCGAAAGAAGAAGAUUGGGAACGUGAAUUGGAGGCCGAGCUAAAGGAUUACGAGGUUGUAACGGGCGGCAACGGCGGCGGCGUCGGCGGUGGUCAGGAGAGAAGCGCGGUCACGAAAGACGGCACGGCCAGCGAUAACGAUUGGGAGAAGCAUAUCGACGAACUGCUCGCCAACGAGGACGACGAGGACCUCAAGUGAGCCGAGGAGAUCCUCUUCGUGACCGGCUAAAGGGAUCUCGUCGCUUCACGUUGAGAUCGCGCGCGCGCGCACGGCGAGAUCGGCGAGCAGCAGCGGUUUUCGCAUGAGAAACUUUCUCUCUGAUAAAGAGAAGCUCGCGAAUUUCUUUUGUACAUGCUAUCAUUCUCUCUCUCUCUCUCUCUCUCGUCGAUCUCCUCGACCGUGCGGAAAAGCGGAAGGAUGAAGCGAUGCUCGAUUAGAAUCGGAUCGUUGCCUAAUUACCUUUUUCCACGGGAGAUCUAGUCGGCGAUGAGCUAAUUUUUUAUAUUGCCACGAUACUCGCUAAUUAUUUUUAUAUGAUACAAAAUUCUAUUUUUAAGGGAAAUAUUUUUAUUCGUUUAUUUAUCAGUAUUUAAUAUUUAGAAAAAAUUGAUGUCACGCACGCAAGCCUCGUGAAAGCGAUGAAUUUUAUUCAUGUCUCUUGCAAGAAGAAUCCGCAUUAUUGAAGAACAAGCAGUAAUCUCUGGAUCAGCGUAUUCACGCGAAUAUUUACGAGCCCCGAUGGGAUUCUUUUCGCGUUCAAACCGUCGUAUCCUUUAUGUCGAGAACUUGUAAAGUUUCGUUUUGUUACCUUUCAUUCCCGUCUCGCGAUUGUUUGUAUGAGCUUUCGUAAAAUAGAAUACGCGAAGCAGCCCCUUGGAGAACCGCAUCAAAAGGAUCCGGCUUCUUACUUUGAUCCAUCGCCGAUCUCCUGUGGGGAAAGAAGCGCGAAUAAAGACGCGAGGGUUCUUUGAGGAUCGGCUCGUCCUCGAGGAGCGUAUCGUAACAAAACGCGUGGGAGUCAGCCGUCGGAAUACGAGCCGGAAACUGUACGAAAUAUUUUCCGACACGCGGGAGAUCGUCAGUGCGAACGACAGAAAAAUCAGGGAUCGCGGGAUUGUAUAAAGAGCAAACGCGGAAGGUAAAAGACGGUCUCUUCGUUUUAUUUUUUUUUUUUUCCCUCUGAAUUUCUCCGCAACAACGCGUUCUUUACGAUCCUCGAGCACGAUGAACACCGCCGUUUCGAAGCUUGGAAGCGGAAGAAACGGAUUGUCGUAUAUUCAUACGUUUAUAUCCUCGUCACAUAUUCGUAUGAUCGUAAGAUAUUCACGCUUCCGCUUCCGGAUGCAGAACGGCGUCGACUGUUCUAGUUUUCAGAAACAAAUCCCGCGGGAUACACGCAUUCAUCAACACCACACUUGUGUCAAUUAUUGGACGAUCUUGUCCGAGAACAUAGUGCUGAUUGUAACAAUAAACAUCUUCAAAAUUGUGUGAUAUUAAACUAAUUAAUUUCGGAAUAUCGGACGCGCGAUCGAUGAAGAAUGUGCGAGGAGACGCUGCGCACGAUCGACCCGCUCUUCAUCGUGAUCGAAGGAUCGGCGGUUCUUCAAGAAAAAUUACACUGCCGUGUGCCGAAGGACACCGUUUCGAGCGUGGAUCGACGAUCGGCGGCGGUCAGCGGCGCGUUUUCUAUGAACUUGAAAAAAAAUUAGCAAAUUAUUUUCAAAUAAUUAUUGAACAUCGCGAUUUUUAGAUUUAUUACGCGGCUCACGAAUGGAGUGAUUUAAAUGCGCCUCUGAUCGCCGCUCCCUUUUUUCACGUUGCAAGCAGACCGCUUUACCGCAGCGACGCUUCUGGUUCUUAAUUGUCAACAACCAUUGUCGAUUAUUACGAACCGCAGUGAUGUACAGAAGAAUGCCAAAGAUAACGCGAGAAUCGGUUCGGCUCGACGGAUAAUAUUUUCGAUUUGCGCACUCGUCGUGACUUCGCACGAAUAUAUUCUACUGUUAAGAAGGCGGGAAGGCGCUAGGCUUAAUGAUAACAUUGUUUAGCGCAUAACGGCGAAUCUGUAGAUAAUGAUGCGAGGAAUGUAUCGUCGGCGACGACGGCUGCGAUGAUGAUGAGGAUGUUGAGAGGAAGAAUGUGUCGUUUUUAAGUUUGUUAACUCGUCGAACGGGGAGUGUUCCGUCAUUCGUUGUUUGUAUUGUGUCAAAGUGAAUUACGCUGUAAGGAUGACAUGUUUCGCGUUGUCUGUACGGACGAAAUAUCGUAAUAAUAAAUCAUUGCGUUGCAUAAAGGAAAAAAAAAAACCAGUUACGCAUACACAAUAUAUUAUAUCAUUUGUAACUGUAAGAUAUAUAAGUUGUCGGAAAUAAAAGCCCCAGAUUAAUCACGCAUCUCGGAGUCGCGCGGCGCAAGAUUUUGUUGGUGCGAUCAUUCUCUGUGCGACAUACCGUCCAAUCGUCCUCUGCCACGAAAGAAACCGGAAGGAAACUAACUGACCCGCAGAUGGAGAGAACUUUUUGCGACAGUAAAAUAUCGCGCUGCGCGAAGCUACUAUUAUUAUCUAACGAGUAAUAUCGAUGAUAGCGAAUAUAAAUUAUUAAAAAGAAAAAAAAGGAAUAAAACAUCUCCGGAUAUCUUUUCCGUGCAGACAAACAGAUCUGAUAUCUAACUUAAAACGCAAGAAGAAUCGUAUGCAAACGCAGCAUCGAAUAACGUAGCAAAGGUGAGAUGAAGUACAUCGAGUUCACGAUUUUAAUCGUAUGCACGAAUGUGAUAGGACGAAGGAUGUGAAGCACGCACGGAAAGGUGAACAAACAUCGGGUCGGAAUGAAGGGAAUGAAGGGUACCGGAUUUAUAGUGGAGCUCGGAGGAAAAUAUAAACCGCGAGUUUAAUUACUAUUCUUGUAGCUCUAAUUGCUUACAAUAAUUUUCAAUAAACUAAUUUUCUAUUUUUCAACACACAUUUAGUGUUAAGCGCAGAUGUCCGACUAAUGAUUUUAUUAAAUCCGAUAGUUACGUUUAUCGCUAAAUGUGUGCUGAAAUAUUUGUUUUGCGAUCGCAAGAAAUGCUCGAGCGGUAAGAAUAGUGAUUGAUAAGCCUUGACACCGGAGACUCCUAUUUUGUGAAUUCGUCAAGGAUAAUUGAUCUCGUCUGCCACCAUAAAUCCCGCCCAGAGAGAAGUAAAGCUGUCGAGCAGAAAACAAAUCAUUGCGUUUCCCGUCGAGACGUUUGCGUGCGCCGCUAUGCUGAGUCCGGAUUUUCGGUCAAUUUAUACACCACGAUUUUUUCUACCCCUCUUUUCGAGUAGCCACCCCGGAGUUAAAAAAAAAAAAAAAAAAA